GAUAAGUGCAAUCAGCUUGUGAGAAGAGAUUGACUAGAGAGCGGGGGAGAAAGUUCGAAGAAAAAGGUGAGUCUGAAGGUCUACUAGAGCCUAAGCCCGUGUUCAUACUUGGAUAUCUUGCUGGAAGACCGUACUGAAGGCAGCUCAGCCCGAGGUCGGCCAGCAGAUGGACGGUCAGUUGCUGACAGUACUGCAAACAGAUAUCUAACUUCAGGUCAUGAUGGAAGAACGGAUGAGGAACUCAACAAUUCCCAUGCUCAAUGGUGAUAUCAAUGGGGGCUGUCGAAAGACCAUUCACCUUCAGAUCGGCGUCAGCGACGCCAGACCAUGCGUGACAGGAAACCAACCGCUGCUUCUAUCGCAGCAUAUGAGAAAGGCAUGGGCUGUAAUCCUGAGUAAGUAUAUCGGCUCGUCGACGGUGGCCUUCGGUGUCUAUAUGAGCGAGGCAACCUCAUCACAAUACCGAGCUUCUAUCGAGCAGUGGCGGAUAAGAGAUGAGCAGCAUCUCUCCAUGCAGGAGGCCGUUCGGUGCAUCGCUUCCGAACAGUGUCAAGAUGGGAAGUUUGACCCCCGCUCGAUGCCUGGGACCUGUUUGUCGCUCCAAUGGACAGAGCAGGACGAAAUCUCUGGGCAAGAGCUCCUCGAGCCUCUUGCACCGUUUCUCUCAGUAGGGGCCCGAGCCCACCUCUAUUCCAGCUCGCACUGACUCUCAUUCUGUCCAGUCAAACGGCCUGGUGCUCACUCUCGAGUGUAGCCAGAUGCAGUUGAUUCGAUGCUCUCUUCAAUACGCGACUUCCAUCAUCAGCGAGCCAUACGCCUGCGCGAUACUGAAUCUCUUCUCUCAUCUUCUACAUGAGAUGAUGGCUCGACCUGACAUGACAGUCGGUCAGAUGGACUUGAUAGGUGAUUCAAACAAGACUACCCUCGCUGCGUGGAGUGAAGAAAGUCGUAGGAACGACUACUCAGAGCUCUGCAUAGAUACCAUCAUUCGAGAGCAGUGCGCGAUACGUCCUCACGCCGAAGCAGU